AUGCAUAUCUAUCUAUUUAUUUAUAUAUAUAUUUAUAGGUAUACAAAAUCAUAAUUAUUUUUAAAGAUCAGGUAAUAUUUUUAAUUUAAUUGUCAAAUAAAUAGUGUUAGCAAAAUGAAUAAAUUGUAAUUAGGGACUAUUUAAAUACUUUUUUUAGCCUUUUUAGGAGCACAUUAUGUUUAAUGCCAAUACAGUUAAGUGCAAAUUUCACCAAACGGAGUAGGUUAUUUGACUUUAUACAAUUCACUUGUAUAAGAUUGUCUAAUUAUUCCUUCUUUAUGCAACUAAUAUGAUGCAAAUGAUGUUGUUUGUAUGACAGGAGUAGGCUAUUUCUAAAAUUGUUUAGCAACAAGAUGUUAUCCAACUCAAUAAUAUAAGAAUUCUCCUCUUUAUUAAGACUCCUAUUUAAAUUUUUCACUUUUCAUGAGUAACUGUGCUUAGAUUUGCUAUGGAAAUACUUUUAGUGAGUCUUUAGAUCAAAAUUCUCCUUCUCUCAUGAAGAGUUUAAAAAUUUUAAUAGACUGCUAUUUAGAAAACGAAAAAGAUGAUUAUACUCCAGAUUAUUAUAAGUAUUACUUUUUAUAACCUUGGUAAAAAUGUUCAAUCAAAAAUGUUAAAUGCUUGUCUGAUUAAACUUUUUUGAAAUAUAAUGAUUAAAUUGAGUAAUAUGUUUAAAAGUGCGUUUAAGAAACACCUAUUUAUAUAACUAAUACGGCUUAUGUUGAAGACUUUGCUCUUAAUUAGACCUCUACAUGUUUAAUAAAUGCUUUCUAAAGCUAUUAAAUAGAUUAUCAAAAUAAUGCUUGCUUUAAAUAGCUCUAAUAAUGUGGCAAUUUUGAGAUUCUUUAAAAAGUAUCUUCUGCCUUAAUUUAAGCCUGCUUAUAUGGUAUUUUGAUAAGCCUUCUAAUCAUUUGA